AUGUGCUACGCGUUGCAGAUCGGCCCAUUUAUCCGUUUCAUAGCCCAUCUUAGGCCCAGAGUGAUAAGCGGGAAAAGGCAGAAAGGGAAUUUCAGUUUUGCCCUGCAGGCUGCAACCUGGAAACUCUUCACACGCAGCAGAGCCAAACCAAGCACCGAGCUCGGCAGCGAGAGAAGCGAAGAAAAAACCAUGGCGCCAGUUUUGCAGAGCUCUCAACCCUGGGUUGAAAAAUAUCGGCCGAAGCAAGUGAAAGACGUAGCUCAUCAGGAUGAAGUGGUGCGGGUUCUCACGAACACGCUCGAGACUUCAAGCUGCCCGCAUAUGCUCUUUUAUGGACCUCCUGGAACCGGGAAAACCACAACUGCAUUGGCCAUUGCUCACCAGCUCUUUGGGCCCGAGCACUACAAGUCACGUGUUCUGGAGCUCAAUGCUAGUGAUGACCGUGGAAUCAAUGUUGUCCGGACUAAGAUCAAGGAUUUUGCUGCUGUAGCUGUGGAUACUAGACCACAUCAUGGGAAUUAUCCGUGUCCACCAUUCAAGAUUAUUAUCCUAGAUGAGGCAGAUUCAAUGACAGAAGACGCCCAGGCAUCAUCUUUGUUACAGAAUGCAUUGAGGCGUACGAUGGAGACUUAUUCUAAAGUUACAAGAUUCUUCUUCAUAUGCAAUUACAUAAGCAGGAUAAUCGAGCCCCUUGCGUCGAGGUGUGCAAAAUUCAGGUUCAAGCCACUUUCAGAAGAAAUUAUGAGUAGCCGUAUACUGCACAUCUGUAAGGAGGAAGGUAUCUAUCUUGAUGACGAGGCUGUUUCAACCUUGGGCACCAUAUCACAAGGAGAUCUUCGUCGGGCAAUCACAUACUUGCAAGGAGCAGCUCGCUUGUAUGGGUCAUCGAUUUCAUCUAACGACCUGAUUAACGUCUCUGGGGUUGUUCCCCAAAGUGUUGUUGAGUCAUUUUUCGCAGCUUGUAAAAGUGGCAACUUUGAUAAGGCGAAUAAAGAAGUGAAUAAUGUAAUUUCUGAUGGGUACCCAGUCUCUCAGAUGGUUUCCCAGUUAUUCGAUGUGGUGGUCGAAGCUGAUGAUAUCUCAGAUGAACAGAAGGCUCGCAUAUGCAAGAAUAUGGGCUCAGUGGAUAAGUGUCUGGUAGAUGGCGCUGAUGAGUACCUGCAGCUGCUAGACAUUGCUAGCAACAUCAUUAAAGCACUCCACAAUAUGCCGGAAGAGUUCACUUACGAGUGUUAGGUAAUGAUCUUGCCCUCUAAUAUAAUCUAAAAUGUAUGUAGAGCAUUCACGAGAACAGUCCUUAGUAUGAUGUUUUGAGCUUGAAGAUGAACACCGUAUCGAGUCCUAAUCAGCACAUGACUGCGUAUUGAAGAAUCCUCAGUAUUGUUGCUUCCCUCCACUUGAUUGAUUAUCUUCAAACUAGUGGGGCGGAACAAGAAUAGAUUUUGAUUUGCCAAAAUGAUAUGUUUUUUGUGUUUGACUGGCCAACCACAGCGAGUGGAGUUCUUGGAAUGAUUUGGAUGUUUCCGAAACUGUUGGGUUCACGUUAACAUCAUUACAGGCAGCGCAAGGUAAACAGACAUGAGUGGGUGUUGAUUUGUUUGGAUCCUCACAGAGACAAACAUCGAGUAAAAAUCCGCCAUCAUUCGCAUCUCGGAUUAGCUACUUCUGCCAUGGGUCCUGGGAAAUUUUGUUUUUUUUGUUCAGUGUAUGGUUUCCCUUUUGGCGCGUGACAUUCUUACAUCAGCAGCACUAGUUACUAGUUAGUACAUUUUUUUGACAUGCUAGCGAUGAUCUAAGG